UGGCCAUGUCCGAUGCAUGGGGUUCAUGUCGUGUUAUGGGACAGUCCACAUCUCCAUUAUACUUGGUACUCUUGCUCGUAACCUGUCUGAUUUAGGAGAACAGCUCCUCCACGAGGAUCGCUCUUCCCUCGACCAAGAUAUCAAUAUGCCAAUCCUCAGCCACUAACAGUAUUUCCCUGACCUUUCCCGUCUUUACUAUUUUCCUCACCUUCUCUCUGACUAUUCUCCUCCCUUCAUACGAAAGGUCCUUCACUGUUCUCACCGCCUGCAUUACUUCCAGUCGCUUCCAAGGUUUCAACUUCUCUCUGCUCGAGGCCUUCUUCGCGUCUAUGACGCUCCAAUGACAAAGUGACCAUCAUUAAUCCAAAGCCAUUCCACUGGAACCGCAAUGGGAGACCUCAACGCCGCCAGUAGUGAUGCGGUACGAAAAGAUCCAAUGGCCAGAAUCCAAGCAGCCAUCGAAUUCGCCCACCAAGCCGAACGCCUCGGCCAAUACGCUCCCCACCAGGAGGAUGAGGGAACGGGGCCGACCCAAGCUGUCAAGGCCAAGUUCAUCACAGCCCAGGAUGCCGUUAUAGAGACGGCGGAUGGCAGUCGACUGCCUGGCGUCCCUGUCGAAGAAGCCCUGCGGCUCAACAAGCUAAGAGAUAUCGUUGACGAAAGGGAUCCUUCCGAGAGAGCGCCCAUUCCUGGAGAGACGAGAGUGUCCAAAGACGGCACCAUCCACGGUGCAAGACCGGUACAGCAGGAAUCGUGGAAAUCCGAGACAGAUGCGCCUCUCAUGGAAAGUCAGCCCCCUACAAGAACCAACCCUCUCUUCCCACCCCUGCCCAUGUAUGGACCUCCGACUCCGUUGAAGAGCCUUCAGAUAGUCCUGUUCCGAAUCUCUUCAGCAAUAUUGUCCUGCUGCUUCCUGCUGGUAAUCAUACUUGGCGCCCAUUUCACGAGCAUACCCGACGUUACGAGAAGAGCAUGGAUGAGAUGGAAUGGCGAGGAUCCGGACAAGGACCGGCCGUUCUAUCGAGAGGAAGAACGACGUCGGAGAGCUAGAAGAGUAAUUGACAGAGCAUGGAGGAAGCCCGAAAAUGGAACGGGCGAUGGGGACGCGGACCAAAGAUCGAAGGAGAAAGCUGAGGAGUUUGUCCCUCUGGAGGGCGGCCCAGAUCCCGUCGUCUGUGACAUCCGGUACUAUGCUCGACGCGUCGGCCUCGACUGCGAGGUAUUCGACGUCCAGACUGAGGAUGGCUUCAUCAUCGAACUGUGGCAUCUCUACAAUCCGCGCGAAUAUAGCCGUACGGAUCCUGCCCAGCGCUCGCAUGGUGAUCCCGAGGUGUUUUUCAACGGCUCCGACUCCGCAGGCGCCUCGGGGGCGCAAUAUCGGCCUGGCGAGAAAAGGUAUCCAGUCCUCAUGAUCCAUGGUCUUCUGCAGUCCGCCGGCGCGUACUGCACAAACGACGACGACAGCCUCGCCUUCUUCCUCGCCAAAUCCGGCUACGACGUUUGGCUGGGGAACAACCGCUGCGGCUUCCAUCCUCGCCACCAGAAGCUCAAGUACUCGGAUCCGCGCAUGUGGUCAUGGAACAUCCGCCAGAUGGGAGUCAUGGACCUGCCGGCUCUCAUCUCGCGCGUCCUGGCCGAAACGGGCUUCGAGAAACUGGGUCUCAUUGCUCACAGUCAGGGUACUACGCAGACGUUUGUCGCGUUGGCCAAAGAGCAACGCCCCGAGAUUGGAGACAAGGUGAGCGUCUUCUGCGCCCUGGCACCUGCCGCCUACGCAGGACCCUUGAUCGGGAAGAUGUACUUCAAGUUCAUGCGGCUCAUCAGCCCGGCCAUGUUUCGCGUGGUGUUCGGGAUCCACGCCUUCAUUCCCCUGAUGAUGGUGAUGUACUCGCUUCUCCCGUCGCAUCUGUACGGCGUCAUGGGCUACCGCAUCUUCUCUUUCCUCUUCAACUGGUCGGAUGAGCGCUGGGAACGCGAUCUCCGAGACCGCAUGUUCCAGUUCGCUCCCGUGUACGUGAGUGCGGAGAGUAUGCGGUGGUGGCUGGGGCGGGAAUGCUUCGCAAAGCACAAGUGCAUACUUGCUACAAGGGAAGAGAAGAUCAUCGAGGACCGGGAAGAUGCACUGGAGGAUAUGGAGAGGAGUCAAUCUAGUGGGGAAUCAUCAUCAGCAUCAUCACUGGAUUCGGACGAGGAAGACGCACAACCCGGGACAGCAGGCCUCGACGCAAACAAAGAAGGACUAGGGAAUCGCGACGAGGAUCGCGCGCGGUACGCAUGGUAUGGCCCUCGCACACCCCCAUUUGCCCUCUGGGUCUGCGGCGCGGACGACCUCGUGGACGGCCGUAGGCUGCUCCGACGCUUCGAGCGGAACCGCGAGCCGUUUGUCGACGUUGUGCAUUCCAAGAUUAUCGAGGGAUAUGAGCACCUGGACGUCAUAUGGGCGAUGGAUGCCAUUGAGAAGGUGGGAAAGGAGGUGCGCGAGGUGAUUUGGAGGACUGCGCCGGAGGAGGCGAGGAGGGUGUGCAGGGUUCCUAGGGGGUGCGGUGGGAUUACGGAUUUUUACCAGAGGAGGGAUGGGAGGGACAAGAGAGGGGUGGUUACUCGUGAGAUUGAUGCGAGUGCGGGAGAGUGGAGUGAGAAGGGGGCGAAGCAGGUGGGUGGAGGGGGAGGGGACGUCCGAUGACGAGUAUACAACCUUAUGCCUUCUAGUAAGACAAGUAAGACAGCUUAAGAUGUCCCUUGUCUAGGGUAGAUGGGUAGAUUUAGAAUAUAGAUUCCGCAGAGAGUCUCUUGCCAACGCUCUCCCUUCCUGGGAGGCAUUAAGGUCUCAAUCUUGGCGUGAGAAGGCAUCAUAUUUUCC